UUUGUAACUGGGCCCGGCUUCUAUUUUAUUUUUACCAUAUCGGCCCUAACUAAAAUUUAAAAAACCACCCCGAAUAAUAACUCUGUUCCGACCCACUUGCUAAAAUCAUCAAUCCCGCUCAACUUUUCAAGUCUUCAUUUCGAAAAGGUACCUGUACUCAUUCUGCGAAGAACUGACCACCACACACACCACACACUGAAACACACAGUAAAAUGCAGACAAAUCGUCUGAUGUUUUCUUCAUCUUGAUCAAGCUCAGGGAAGGGUUUUCUUCUCCGAUUUGGGCUAGAUUGUGCUCAAAUGGCAAGCAUCUCAUCUGUUUCUGAAGUGGUGGAUCCACUGCAGUCCCUAUUUGGGGCUUCCUUAUUUCCGCGAACAAUUAGGGCGGCGACGAAUGCGCCCUUGCCGUCCGACCCAAGAGACCUCGAGUCGGUUCAUCAAUUCAUGAAAUCCGUGACAUUAAACAGCCCUGAUAAGCUUUUAAAUGAGGCCAAGGCUAUUGUUGGUGCCGGUUCAGAGCUGUUGAAAUCUAGGUUUCCAGGGUUUAUGGAGUCUCUAGGGAUAGACAGAAAUGCUGUUGCUCCAGAAGGAAAGGAAAAUCCUCAAGAGAGAAGACCGGGUCUUGGCUGCAAGCGCCCUCGAUUCUCUCUGAAGAAAGAUAUGAGGUCCUCUGUGAGUUCGGAACCAAAUGUGAACUUUAAUCAGCUGUCGGACCCAGAAGAGUUUUUCUCUGCUUUUGAAAAAGCUGAAAAUGCCAGAAGAGAGAUUCAAAGACAAAAGGGUGGAACUAUGUCUGAUUUAAAUAACUAUGAUCAAUCCAAGCAUAAACGUGGCCGGCGACCUGGGAUUCUGGGGCGGUCUGUCAACAAUUAUAAGCAUCGAUAUUCCUCAUCGAUGACGGAGAACAGUAACUAUGCUAUAUCCACCCUAGAGAUGGAGGAACUCGAUAUUCCUGGUUCACCUACUUGUGAAUCAGCAGAAGACAAGGCUGAUACUGACAUUGAAGCUCAAGAGACAAUGGAGGCUGGAUCCAUAACAGAGACGGAUGAAGGAUUGAACAAUACUUUAGGUGAACUUUUGUCACAAAACAUCGAAGAUAUUGAUGAGGAUGGCGUUCAAGAAAAAUUGAAUAUCAGCUCUAUUAAUCCUGGCAAGUUAUCCCUUCCUGAAUUUCAUGGCGUUGGAAGGACUGAUUUCAUGGCAUUUGGAGAAAAGCUGCCAAAGGUUAGGAAGAGUUUGGCCAACAUAUCUAAUCUGGGUGAAUGGUUGAGUGUGGAAACAAAUGUGAAGCAAAAAAAAGGAGGGAGCCCCUUUGCAGAAGCUUCUCCCACAUCAGGCUCAAUGACUUUGUUGAAAAAGCGCAGUUCACAGUCCAGUUCUGUGAGGGACCCAUUCUCGCCUCUUAACAUGGAUCCAUCGGUUCUUAGAAAUAUGUCUUCUGGGAAUGAUACUGGUGGACAACCUCAGACUUCUGUACUGAAGGAGUUGAGUGUUUUUGGCAACUUGGAGCGACAAUUCGAAAAUGAAUCAGGAAGUGCUACACCUUCCCAUGUGGAGUCACAGACAGCAAUUACUAGCGCUUCAGAUCGUCUGGAUAACUGUGAUCAAGACAAAAACUUGCACCCGGAAAGUAUGCAUACGAAUUCUCGCCCAACAAAAUCGCAGUCUGACUUUGUUGAGCAAGGUAGCAGUGGAUCAAUUGAUGCUAGUCAAAACACAACUACAGAUGGAGGAAAUGUUGAUCCAGUCAUUGCACAGGACAGAAGUACCUAUAACGUUGCUGAUAACCACAAAGCUGAAGUACAGUCCAAUCCCCAUAUUGAUGACUCCCCACAAAUUGGCAGUGAUACUGGUGUUCAUGUACAUCAUUUGCCAGAGGAGGAAGAAAUGCCACUGGCAGCUUCCGUUCACGCAAGUCCGGAGGUCAGCAUGCCCCAAUCACAGAGUUUGGAAAACCUGUGUAAUGAUCAGCCUUUCAUGGGUCAACCAAAUCCUCCUGCAACAGAAGACGACUCUAUGAUUGCUUCCUCAAAAGAAUCCAAGAAGCUACAAGCUAAGCCGAAAAGUAGGGCUAAGAGACCACGGGAUGAAAGUCAUGAAGUAAAAGCACUUUCUCGUAGGAAAAGUCUUCCAGGUCAACCGAAUCCUGCUGCAACUGAAAACAAUUCUGUGAUUGCUCCCUCAAUUAUGGUUGAUAUUACGACCACAACAGAGUCCGAGAUGCUACAGCCUAAGCCGAAAGGGAGGGAAAAAAGAGUUCGGGGUGAAAAUCGUGAAGUAAAAGCACUUUCUCGAAGGAAAAGUCUUCUUGCAGAGGGUGGUACUUCAUUUGAAUCCGGGGUAAGAAGAAGUAAGAGAAUCAGGUCUAGACCUUUGGAAUUUUGGAAAGGGGAAAGGUUCUUAUAUGGCCGUGUCAAUGAGGGUUUUAAGUUGAUUGGACUGAGAUAUAUAUCUCCAGGUAAAGGUGAUGGAAAACUUAAGGUUAAGCCCUUUGUCUCCGAUGACUACAAGGAGAUCCUUGAUCUUGCAGCUCUUCAUUGAGCUCUGCUACAUUGCUCAUUAAGUUACAACCGUGAACUCAUCUCGGAUUCAGGCAAUAUGAUUGGAUGAAAGCUCUACUAAAUUGUCAAUAUGUAACAAUCUCCCGUUGUCUUUGUAUCGUACCAGUAAAACUUGAGUAGUAGCGGUGAAACUGUUGUGAUGUAUUUCCAUUUUCAUCUAGACUGAUGUCUUCUUGUGAUGGUGAUUGUUGUGAUGCUUUUGAAAAUUAGUUGCUGGUUACAAAAAGCAAAAACAAUUCAAAGAACAAUACUACCUUUUUAAACCGGGGAGAGAAGAACAUCUUAAAUUAUCUUUUUUUAAUCAUUUUAUUGUUAUUCUCUUUCGCUUAGGCUUUUAGAGUGUAUCUUACCUAGUCAUUUGCUUUUUCGCAUUCUGAUAUCUUGUUGUUCUUUGUCAUUUGCUUGGAUUCAUUUCCUUUCGAUUUUACUACAUUCUUUGUUAAAGAAUAAACUGUAUGGACCUUUUUAAUGUCAAACUUAUAUGUAUUC